CUUGUAAGAAAAAUAUACCAGUUAGUAGUUUUAGAAAGACAUAAAGAAUUAGUAUCUUUUUCUUCUAAACAAGUUACUACAUCAAAUUUAGUAGCUAGAUACUAUGUAAAUGGUGAUACUAAUAUUAUUGAUAAUUGGAUGAAAUUAUCUAUCCAAUUAGAUAGUUUUAAUACACUAUACUUUCAUUGGAUAGUAUAUGAAAAUGAAUUAUUUCAGAAGUGGAUUGAUCAAGGAACCGAUUAUUCUUUUUUUAAAAUGUUUAUUUGCAAAUAUAAAGAAAAAGGUCAUCUAACUCUUCCUUGGUUAUUGGGAUUUUCUUGCAAAAAUAUUAAAUAUUUACAGACAAUAGUUCAUAAAAAAUAUCCCAAUUUAUUUUCUGAUUUUAAUAAAAUUAUACAUACUUUCAAAAAAGAAAAUACUAUGAUAAGAGCAUUAGAAAGAAAAAGUAGAGAAAUCGAGUAUGAUUUAAAACAUAAACCAAACCAACCACAUAACGGUAUUAUUCCUAAUCUUCAAGAGAAAAUACUUUCACCUAAAAUAACCCAAGCACUUUGGAUAAAACAUAAUGAAGCUCUUGCUAAAUUAUAUAAUAAAAAUUGA